GUGAGGAGAUCGAGCCUUCGGCUAAGUCGGCUGGUUUCGCGACGUUAUCUCUGCGCGCGCCUCGCCGCUCCCCGCCCCCUCCCUCGCCGCCUAGUCUCUCAACUGUCGUUACGUCGUCCCACGUUUCUCAGGUGGGAGAUGGUCGGGAUGCUGGGCGGCGAGGGCGGCUGGAGCGUGUCGUUCGCGGGAUGCGGGUUCUUGGGCGUCUAUCACAUCGGGGCGGCCACUUGCCUGCAGGAGCGCGCCCCGCGCAUCAUUCGCGACGCCCGUCAGAUCUGCGGGGCCUCCGCGGGAGCUCUCACCGGCGCCGUCCUCGUCGGAGGUGGCUCUCUGGUGGAAGCUUGUGCAGAUGUUCUGGCUCUAGCCAGAGAAGCAAGAAAGCGAAAUCUCGGCCCUCUUCACCCUUCAUUCAAUGUGAUGAAGAUAAUAAGAGAUGGACUCUGCAAAAAUCUUCCAGAAAACACUCAUGAGCUGAUAUCAGGGAAACUUUCCAUUUCACUUACCAGGGUAUCUGAUGGCAAAAAUGUGUUGGUAUCCAACUUUAAUUCUAAAGAAGAAGUUAUACAGGCUUUGCUUUGUAGUUCAUUUGUGCCUAUAUAUUGUGGCCUCAUUCCACCUUCAUUUAGAGGGGUGCGCUAUGUAGAUGGUGGAAUAAGUGAUAACUUACCACAGCAUGACUCCAGAAAUACCAUCACAAUUUCACCUUUCACUGGGGAGAGUGACAUUUGUCCCAAGGGCAACUCUGCAAAUUUCCAUGAAAUGAAUCUCACCAAUACCAGCAUUCAGUUUAGCUUAGGGAACAUAUACCGUUUAACUCAAGCGCUUUUCCCACCAGAACCCAAGGUGCUAGGAGAGAUCUGUGAACAAGGAUAUUCAGAUGCUCUUAGAUUCUUAAAAGAAAAUGGUCUGCUGCAUGAUUCAGUUUCUUUUGACUUGGCCUUAACAAAGGAAGAUCGGCAGGUGGUUGCACAGACUCCAGCUUAUACUGACAAAAAAAUAGUUGUAGCAAAUCAAGCCAAAAAGGAGAUGCAAGAUGAAAAAAUGCUUAUUGACCAGCUGAAAUUAGCUGCUUGGCCAUUGGAUGGAACCAUUUUUGAGAAUCUCCCUCCUAGACUCCGUAAAGCAUUGCAGGAGGCUUGUAAAGAGAAAUGUGGACUCUAUACUCAACUUUCUAAAUUUCUACCAAUGCGACUGAUGUCCUUUAUGAUGUUGCCGUAUACUCUGCCAGUUGAGUCUGCAUAUUUUGUGGCCUUAAGAUUAGUAGACUGGUUUCCCGAUAUCCCUGAUGAUGUGCGAUGGAUGCAGGGCCAACUCUGUCAGGUUGUGGGUACAAUAUAUUCCAAAGCAAGAAAAAGGCUACUGUGUAUUCCCAGUAAAGAAAAUAGUACAUUGCUUAGAAAAUGCCAGACUGCACCACUGAACACAAAUCUUCACUUUUCUUAUUGCUCUGUUAAAAUGCCUCAUUCUUCAACUCACCUUGAAGAGUGGCUUUUGGAUCUUCCAUGCCGUAAAGACUUAGUUAAGAAAGAAGUUGAAGUUGGUAUAAAUGAAAGCUUUGACUCCAUUUGCCCUUUUUUCAUACACUCUGAAGAAUCGGGGGUGGAUUUUGACUCCUCCUCUGAGAAGAGUUUCCAGACUGCCUCAGAAGACUAGCUUGAGGACUGCUGCAUAGUCAAAGAAAUCUCAGUCUUGGAGGCAUCAGUUCAUCUAGCAUCUUGCCAAACAGUCUUUUUGAAGACCUGUUUACAAUAGAUGCAUUUGGAUUAUCUUUUGUGGAAAGAUAAAUGUGCUGGUGUAGCGUCCUGAUAGUGACUUAAGGGUUAAAAAGACCCUAGUGCAAUAGAACACUGUUUACCCAAACAAGAUUUUUUUUGGGGGGGGGGAGGAGUAUUUGUAGCAAAACUAUAGCUUUUAAAAUACAGUUGUGUUCCCUGUCUGUCUUUAUAUAAGUGGUGUUUGCACUUCAGUAAAAUCAAACUAUGUGUACUUAAAGGGCCAUGGCAUGUAGGAAUUUUUUGGAAGGCCUCAAACGUGUUACUUCCCUUACAUCUAAAUGUAUGGUACUGGUGGGAAGUGUUACCAUGUCAGUUACACUCCCUGUUGUGAGGUUCCUUCUUUUUUAGGAAUAUCUUAUCUAGGAGCAUUGUGUGUUUUAACAAGUAUAUUUUUUUCUGAAUGAUGCUUCCCCCCUCCCCCAAUUGAGUUGGAAGAGAAGCCACAGAUCUACACACAUGCCACUCCAUACCAAGGUAUCCUUAAGGGCUAAAUUCAACCCCAAUAAACAAGGCUAUACUUAAAAUAUUUUACUGAAGGAAUCUCAUUGCAGGCCCUUUUCUUUUAAUGUACUGUUGAUCAACCAUGGAAUGAACUACAGAUGUCAUCAAGACGCCCAUUGAAUGAUUUAUCUCCAUGGAGUAAAUAGCAGAGCAUUACAGUGUGACUUGUAAUUUAUGAAGCUUAACAGCUUCUGUUUAUUACAUGUAGCUCUAGUAAUCAAGCAGCACUGGGAACCUUGUAAGAACAAGAUAAAAAUCUGAAGAGUGAACUGUAUGUGAUUUUCCUGAAGUAAUCAUUCUGUCCUCAAUUUCACUAAAUUCAAACCAUUUUUAGCCCAGCCUUUACUGACAAAAUGUGAAAAUGUGCCAAUAUUUUUUUGAGUUUUAUUUAUAGAUUAAAUUGCCAUAACAUUGAGCGCUGACAGUAAUGUCAAGUAAAAAAUAAGCCAUUUUUCACAUGGUUUUCAUUUUAGAAGCACUUGUUGGGAUGGUAACAUAAAAAGUCUCUCUGAAAUCCUUGAUACCAUACUGAUAGUGAUACAUGGGUACUCCUUGAUCCACAACGUUCAUCACUUAGAGUGACAAGGAUAUUCAUUUAUGGCACAAGGUUUGCAUCUCAUUAUCAGAAAUGAUGAAAGAAUAGUUUUCAACAUGCUGUAUCAGACUGGUACCUCGAGCAGUUAAGCGAUCUGCAGGCAACCAUACCCUGGCAUAACAGUUGUAGAACUGGUGUGGUCUGAUGCUGUCUGUCAUAAUGAUCAAAGGGCCAAUUAUCAAAUGGAUUUUGGUUGUGAUGUCUCUGUUAGGAAUGAGGUGGCUUAUAUGUUGACAAAUAUCAAAGCCUUCAGAGCUGUGGGAAGCCUCAUGUAUUUCUUUUAAUUACUAACUGUGGGCAAGUUUAAUUUUGACCAGUCUUUUAGUUGUGAUUUCAUAUUAUGAAAACCAAAGGAAGUGCUGUGUCUCAGAAAAAGAAGCUACUUUAAACUGUUGGUAAAAAUGUUUCCCAAGGUGUUCAAUUUUUAAUAUUACAAAAAUUGUCUUAUUUAUACCCUUGGUGCUAUUUCAUUCAAGGUACUGUCUUUAAUACAUUAUUUUGUGUGAUAGCUGGUUUUAAUCAUUCUUUUUAAAACAACUUGAUUGUAUUUCCAAAAUGAACCAAAAUAUUGCUACAAUCAACAAUAGCAAAAUAAAAAAACAGUGUUUUUGAUGUCUACUGUUUAUGAUAGCAAACUGAAUUU